AUGAACUUGUCGACGUGGAAAGUGGCGACUAUUGUGCUGGUCUCCGGAGCCACUCUCUUCGUUGCUUAUCGAUGUUACAAAUAUGGAUCGUUGUUUAGAGAGGUUCGCGACAAAAGUGACGCAGUAAACGCAUGUUUUUAGAAGAAAGCUGAAAAAGUGGAGGAAAAAAUGGAAGAGAACGUGAAAGUGAAGACGGAAGAGAUGUCGAAAACUUCGAGAAAGAGACGUGAGUGCAAAGAGUUAAUAGAAUGAAAUUGUAAAUAGUUCCACAAACAUUUCUUCUUUUCCUCAUCACCAAUCUCCGUUACUUCAGAAAAGCGGGAUCGUCGUGCGCGCGCCCGUGCUUCUGCUCCGACGGCGAUCCACGAGUCGAGCACCUCCUCCUCCUCCUCUUCCGCUCAACAAUAA